AUGAUAUACAAGAGGACGUUAAUUUGGCUCUUUUUCUUUACACUACUAUCAAAUGGCAUCAGAGCGGAAGAAUAUGUGAUUACAUUGAAGGCGCCAAAAACGCUACAUAAGUUACUUGCGGUCAAGGUCGGGAACCGGUCACUACAACAGAUCAUAGAUUCGAAGAUCAAGCAUAAGUUUUCCUUUGGCAAGUUCGAGGCGAUCACAGUAGAAGUACCUCCCAUAGUGGCCGACCUAUUAAUGGAUAACAAGUUGGUGUCACACGUUUCCCUCAAUGAGGAAUAUAACCUAUUAGAUUAUGGCUACGGUUUUAACAGCGCGCCUGCUAGUGAUGCGGUGCGGUACGUAUACGACCAGCCGGCGGGGUUGAGUAGGCGAAUUUAUUGUCAGCCUGGGGACGAUUUCGAGGGAGGUAGAGAUGAAGACAGUGAAUGUGAUGAUGAAGAAGAUGAUGAAGAGGAAGAAGAUGAUAGAGAAGAAGGAGGAGGGGAAGAAGACGAAGAAGGAGAUGACGAAAGCGAAGAUGAUGAAGAGGAGGAAGAGGAGGACGAAGAUACAGAAGAAGAUGGCGAUGGCGAAGGCGAUGAGGAAGGUGGUGAUGAUAGAGAUAUACCGACCGGGCCCGAGGAGCCAGAAAUGCCAAGGGAGCCGGAAGAACCAGAAGCGCCAAAAGAGCCGGAAGAGCCAGAAAUCCCAAAGGACCCGGAAGAGCCGGAAGAGCCUAACCAACAGCCUACAAGGCCUUCAUCACCUAGGAAACCCAAGCCCGCGAAGCCUAUUAUAAUACCUGGGAGAGACCCCGUUCUCCCUGUCAGACCUGUAGUGCCUGUAAAGCCUGCGAAACCGCACCAACCCUUAAAGCCAGGUGGAGAUAACCAGCCAGGAGACGGCAAAAGACGUGAUAAAGAUAUCGGUGACAGAGAUGGUGGCGGUGAUGGAGAUAAUGAAACCGGCGAUGACUGGGAUAAUCACAAUGGGUAUGCUACACAAUACAAUGCGCCACGACACUUGGCAAGAAAUUGCAGGAGAUCAGGGUUGCCAUUUGACACAUCGGGAGGAGGUUCCUUUAAGUUCAACUAUUACUAUGACUCGGAGCAUUUAGGAGAGAAUGUGAAUGUGUACGUUUUGGAUAGCGGGAUAUACAAAAAGCAUCCGGAGUUCGAGGGCCGAGCCUUAUUUGGGAUCGAUACAACCAGUGAAGGGCCCGGUGACCUCAAUGGACACGGUACACACGUCGCCGGAUUAGUUGGAUCUAAAACAUACGGCGCAGCAAAAAAAGCUACAUUAUAUGAGGUGAAAGUGAUGACCGUAGACGGUCGAGGAAGUACCUCAAAUAUAAUUUCAGGAGUCGAAUUCGCUGUAAAACAUUGUCAACUGCAGGCUGAGAAAAGAUGCGUUGUUAACAUGAGUCUCGGUGGGCUCAGUUUCGGACAUAGUGCAUUAGACAGCGCGGUUGAAGCUGCUAUUGAUGAGGGCCUCGUAUUUGUCGUGGCCGCCGGUAACUCAAAAGAAAGGGCAUGCUGGUACAGUCCUGCAAAAGUCAAAAGCGCCAUAACCGUCGGGGCAUUCGAUGAUCGCUCUGAUAUUAUUGCAUCAUUUUCCAACUACGGUAAGUGCGUAGACAUUUUUGCUCCCGGAGUCGCUGUGGUUUCCUUAUCCAACAGCCCAUAUAAUACAUUACGCGUCUUGAAUGGAACUUCCAUGUCUGCCCCAAUUACCGCUGGAGUUGUUGCAGUAUUACUAGAUCAAGGCGUUCAUCCAGAUGACGUAAAAGACCGCUUAAUUGAGUUGUCGACUAAAGGCGUCUUUCAUAAACGCAGACUAGUAAGUUCCAGGACACCGGACCGAACCCUUUUUAACGGUGUGCAUAAGGACGACGACGCCUUUGACGCCACAGGAUAUCCUUUUGAAGACGAAGACACCUAUAUCAAGUUCAUUGGCGACGAUUUCAAAAAAGUUCAAGGCCCUUCAUUAUUUAGAAAGGUUUUGAAGUCAUCAUUAAGUAAAGUUAUCUAG